AAUGGCUGCAAGCAAAUGACCUUCAGAAAGAAGUGUACCAGCAUCUGGCCUAUUAUGUACCAAAAAUUUACUGCAGGGGCCCCAACCCUGCCCCUCAGAGAGAAGACAUGCUGGCACAACACGUUUUGCUGGGACCAAUGGAAUGGUAUCUUUGUGGUGAAGAUCCUGCAUUUGGUUUUCCAAAGCUUGAGCAAGCAAACAGACCUUCUCACCUCUGUGGCCGUGUCUUUAAAGUGGGAGAGCCUACAUAUUCUUGCAGAGACUGCGCAGUUGACCCAACUUGUGUGUUGUGCAUGGAAUGCUUUCUUGGAAGCAUUCACAGAGAGCACCGAUACAGGAUGACAACAUCAGGUGGAGGAGGUUUUUGUGACUGUGGUGAUACAGAAGCUUGGAAGGAAGGUCCUUACUGUCAAAAGCAUGAACUUAACACUUCAGAAACUGCAGAAGAAGAGGAUCCUCUUGUGCACUUACCAGAAGAUAUGGUAGCAAGAGCUUAUAAUAUUUUUGCCAUUACAUUUAAAUAUGCAGUAGAUAUAUUAACAUGGGAAAAGGAAAAUGAAUUGCCUGGACUAGAAAUGAUUGAGAAGAGUGACACUUACUACUGCAUGCUGUUUAAUGAUGAAGUCCAUACCUAUGAACAAGUUAUUUAUACUCUUCAGAAGGCUGUCAACUGCACACAGAAGGAAGCCAUUGGUUUUGCAACAACAGUAGAUAGAGAUGGCCGUAGGUCUGUUCGAUAUGGAGAUUUCCAAUACUGUGAUCAGGCAAAAUCAGUAAUAGUGAGAAAUACCAGUCGUCAGACAAAGCCAUUGAAAGUGCAAGUUAUGCAUUCAUCUAUUGUUGCCCAUCAGAGCUUUGGUCUGAAGCUUCUAACUUGGCUUGGCAGUGUUAUUGGAUAUUCAGAUGGCCUUCGCCGAAUAUUGUGUCAGGUUGGUUUGCAAGAAGGGCCAGAUGGUGAAAAUUCUUCUCUUGUAGAUAAGUUGAUGCUGUAUGAUUCUAAACUGUGGAAAGGGGCCAGAAAUGUGUAUCACCAGUUAUUCAUGAGCAGUCUUCUUAUGGAUUUGAAAUACAAGAAACUUUUUGCUAUCCGCUUUGCAAGAAAUUACCGGCAGUUGCAGAGAGAUUAUAUGGAGGAUGAUCACGAACGGGCAGUAUCGGUGGCUGCUCUGUCUGUCCAACUCUUCACUGUACCUACUCUGGCUCGAAUGCUAAUAACAGAAGAGAAUCUCAUGACCACUAUCAUCAAGACUUUCAUGGACCACUUAAGGCACCGUGACAUCCAAGGGAGGUUUCAGUUUGAACGUUACACUGCUCUGCAGGCUUUCAAAUUCAGACGUGUCCAGAGCCUUAUUUUGGAUCUCAAGUACGUGUUGAUAAGUAAGCCAACAGAGUGGUCAGAUGACUUGAGACGCAAGUUCCUGGAGGGUUUUGAUGCCUUCUUAGAAUUACUCAAAUGUAUGCAGGGUAUGGAUCCAAUAACUCGUCAAGUAGGACAACACAUUGAAAUGGAACCAGAGUGGGAAGCUGCAUUUACACUGCAGAUGAAAAUGCAAAUCUUUUCUGAAAAAGUACUGAUUGAAGCUUACAAGAAAUGCCUGACUGUAUUGAUGCAGUGUCAUAGUGGAUUUACUGAUGGAGAACAGCCUAUUGUCCUCAGUAUGUGUGGACAUUCAGUUGAGACCAUCAGAUACUGCGUUUCUCAGGAAAAAGUCAGCAUUCAUCUCCCAGUGUCUCGUUUACUUGCAGGCUUGCAUGUUUUGCUGAGUAAAACUGAAGUGGCAUACAAGUUUCCAGAGCUGCUGCCCUUGAGUGAACUUAGCCCACCUAUGUUAAUAGAACAUCCUCUACGAUGCCUAGUCCUAUGUGCCCAAGUGCAUGCAGGGAUGUGGAGAAGGAAUGGCUUCUCUCUGGUUAAUCAGAUUUAUUACUAUCAUAAUGUGAAGUGCAGGAGGGAGAUGUUUGACAAGGACAUAGUAAUGCUUCAGACAGGUGUGUCUAUGAUGGAUCCAAAUCACUUCCUGAUGAUAAUGCUGAGUCGCUUUGAACUUUAUCAGAUAUUUAGUACUCCAGACUACGGCAAAAGAUUUAGCACAGAAAAUACUAACAAGGAUGUUGUUCAACAAAAUAACACUCUUAUAGAAGAGAUGCUGUACCUCAUUAUAAUGAUUGUUGGUGAAAGGUUCAGCCCUGGAAUAGGACAGGUAAAUGCAACAGAUGAAAUCAAGCGAGAGAUUAUCCAUCAGUUGAGCAUCAGGCCAAUGGCUCACAGUGAAUUGGUAAAGGCACUCCCUGAAGAUGAGAACAGAGAGACAGGGAUGGAAAGUGUGAUUGAAGAAGUGGCAUGUUUCAAAAAACCUGGAUUAACAGGCAGAGGGCUGUAUGAAUUAAAACCAGAAUGUGCCAAGAACUUCAACCUGUAUUUCUAUCACUUUUCAAGGGCAGAGCAAUCAAAGGCAGAGGAAGCACAGAGAAAGCUGAGAAGACAGAACAGAGAAGAUACAGCACUUCCACCGCCAGCUCUUCCUCCUUUCUGCCCACUUUUUGCCAGCCUGGUGAAUAUCCUGCAGUCUGAUGUCAUGCUGUGCAUAAUGGGAACUAUACUGCAGUGGGCAGUGGAACACAACGGCUAUGCCUGGUCAGAGUCCAUGCUGCAAAGGGUUUUGCAUUUGAUUGGAAUGGCACUACAAGAAGAAAAACAACAUUUGGAGAAUCUCAGUGAGGAGAAUGUUGUAACAUUUACCUUCACUCAGAAAAUAUCAAAACCAGGAGAAGCACCCAGUAACUCCCCCAGCAUACUAGCUAUGCUAGAAACACUGCAAAAUGCACCUCAUUUGGAAGUGCACAAGGACAUGAUCAGAUGGAUAUUGAAGACUUUUAAUACUAUUAAAAAGCUAAGAGAAAGCUCUUCUUCAAGUCCCGUGGCUGAGACAGAAGGAAAUAUUAUGGAGGAGAGUUCACGAGAUAAAGACAAAGCUGAAAGGAAGCGAAAAGCUGAGAUUGCCAGACUGCGCAGGGAAAAGAUCAUGGCCCAGAUGUCUGAGAUGCAAAGGCACUUCAUUAAUGAAAACAAAGAACUCUUUCAGCAAACUCUGGAGGAACUGGAUACUUCAACCUCCGGAGUCCAUGAAAAUAGCCCUGUAAUUUCGGAUGCAAAACUCACAGCCUUGGGUCCAGAGCAAACUAGAGUGGCUGAACCCAGACAGGUUGUUAUGUGUAUAUUGUGCCAGGAGGAGCAAGAAGUUAAAGUGGACAGCAGGGCUAUGGUCUUGGCAGCAUUUAUCCAGCGGUCAACCGUGUUGUCUAAAAAUAGAAACAAAAUUACUCCAGAUCCUGAAAAGUAUGACCCCUUAUUCAUGCACCCAGAUCUGUCAUGUGGAACACACACGGGUAGCUGUGGACAUAUUAUGCAUGCACAUUGUUGGCAAAGGUAUUUUGAUGCAGUCCAAGCAAAAGAGCAACGAAGACAACAAAGAUUACGAGUACACACAAGUUAUGAUGUAGAGAAUGGUGAAUUCCUUUGCCCACUUUGUGAAUGCUUGAGCAACACUGUUAUUCCUCUGCUUCCUCCACCAAGAGUUUUGUUUAACAGGUUAGACUUUUCAGGGCAACCAAACCUAACUCAGUGGAUCAAAACAGUAUCCCAGCAAGUAAAAGCCCUGCAUUUACUUCAAAAUGAAGACUGUGCAAGCCAUUCUGGUCAUUCAGAAAAAAUGGAUCAGCUGCAAUUACCUGAAGGAUUUAGACCAGAUUUCAAACUGAAGAAUCCUUAUUCUGAGAGCAUAAAAGAGAUGCUGACAACUUUUGGUACGGCAACUUACAAAGUAGGCUUGAAGGUUCAUCCAAAUGAGGAAGACCCACGUGUACCUAUAAUGUGCUGGGGCAGCUGUGCUUACACGAUACAGACUAUAGAACGACUUUUAGCUGAUGAAGAUAAGCCAUUAUUUGGUCAUUUACCUUGUCGACAGGAUGACUGCCUUACGUCGCUAACGAGAUUUGCAGCAGCUCACUGGACAGUUUCAUCUCUUUCAGCAGUACAGGGUCACUUUUGUACUCUAUUAGCAUCACUGGUGCCUAAUGAAAAAAAUGGGAAUCUUCCUUGCAUACUUGAUAUUGACAUGUUUCAUUUAUUGGUAAGCUUGGUGCUCUCUUUCCCUGCCAUACAUUGUCAGGAUUUUUCAGGGGUUAGUCUUGGCACUGGAGAUCUUCACCUGUUUCAUCUUGUCACUAUGGCACACAUAAUACAAAUUUUACUUACCUCAUCAACAGAAGAGAAUGGCAUGGACCAAGAAGACACUAACAGUGAAGAGGAAGUAGCUGUGCUUACACUGUAUAAAUUUCUUUGCCAGUGUACAGGAAGUGCCUUGAAAGAAAUUUCCUCAGGCUGGCACCUGUGCAGGAAUCUAAAAGCUGGAAUCAUGCCUUUCCUGAGAUGUUCUGCUUUGUUUUUUCAUUACUUAAAUGGAGUCCCAGCACCCUCAGAAAUUCAAGUAAAUGGAGCGAAUCAAUUUGAACAUUUAUGUAGCUAUCUUUCCUUGCCAAACAACCUCACUUGCCUUUUUCAAGAAAACAGUGAGAUUCUGAACACAUUAAUAGAAAGUUGGUGCAGUAACACUGAAGUAAAAAGAUACCUGGAAGGCAAGAGACAUGCUAUCAGCUAUGCAAGAGAAUCCAACAAAUUAAUAGACCUUCCGGACGACUACAGCUGCCUCAUUAACCAAGCAUCCAAUUUCUCGUGUCCGAAAUCAGGUGGUGACAAAAGCAGAGCCCCAACAUUGUGCCUUGUGUGUGGGACCAUGCUGUGUUCUCAGAGUUACUGCUGCCAGACUGAACUUGAAGGGGAAGAUGUUGGAGCCUGUACUGCACAUACAUACACUUGUGGUUCUGGAGUGGGUAUAUUCCUUAGAGUACGAGAAUGUCAGGUGCUAUUUUUAGCUGGGAAAACAAAGGGCUGCUUUUAUCCUCCUCCUUACCUUGAUGACUAUGGAGAGACAGACCAGGGACUCAGACGUGGGAAUCCCUUACAUCUGUGCAAAGAACGAUUUAAAAAGAUUCAAAAACUGUGGCAGCAGCACAGUAUUACAGAGGAAAUUGGACAUGCACAAGAAGCAAAUCAAACUCUAGUUGGCAUUGAUUGGCAGCAUUUAUAAUGAUUAUCUGCUGAAGACUGGAACUUUAAUAAAGAUUUUUGUAAUUCAGUAAGCUUUUCAAAGGAGGGAUGAGGAAAAAAGUCUAAGGAAAAAAACCCCAGCAAACUCAGUCCUGUUAUUUAAUCUUUGUUUUACAAUGUAUUUCAUAAAGAUACCAGUUAACAUUAAUCAAGUAAACUUCUUUCUAUGUAAGCAAGUUUUAUUAGUCCUAUAAUUUGCACUGUGCUUCCUUCACAGAAAUGUCUUGGGUUUAUAAACCUGGGCAAAUGAACUUAAGUUUCUGAUAAAAAAAGAAUGACUCUUUUUGGAAGUCUGACUAUGAUUUUUCAUAUGAACUGAAGAGACAAAAGACUGCUGAAACAGAAACUAGAUAGAGCACAAUUCCGGAUUGUGUUUUGCCCCUUGCUAGUAAUCUGAGCCGGUUUAUUUAUUACUCUGCAUUUUAAUACUUACGCUGUGUGUACAUGCAAUGGAAUGAAGUAAGGAAGCAAAUAAUGUAGCAAAUGGAUGUUUCUGUCUGCAUCAGUGGAUAAUUCACUCUUUCACUUGGUGUAUCUGAAAUGGAUUUUGUCAUUUGUACUCUUGCAGCUUUCUUGCUUCCAGUUGUUUUUUAACUAAAAAAACUAACACUAGCUUUACAAGUAAAAUAAUUUAAUUUAAAGCUUUUUCCAGAGCAUUGCACUCCUUAGAAUUAUGUAGUUUUUAAUUUGAAUUUAGCUGGGAAACCCUUUCACUUUCAAUUAUGUGAUCAGUUACUGGUAUUCAAGGAUUGACAUUGUGCUUUAGAAGUUAUUUUAAGAUAACAAUAAUAUGUAAAAGUCACGAAAGCUAAUUUUAUGUUAAUUUUCAGAAGCACAAAAGAUAUUUACUUCAUUUUUGUUGACAGACAACUUUGAAGGUGCAAAUCCCAUCUUUUCGUUACAGAUAAACUGAGUGGUUUCCUCUGGCUUUGAAGGGCCACAAUCACACUGCCCACAUUUUUGACUUUUGAUUUGUUUUCUUUCCUGUUGUCCCAUCAAGUAUAUUUACUUUCUGGCUUGAUUUAAAGCUCUGUAAAGAUGUUUGCAUAUAGUAUAUUUUAUAAAUAUAUUCUAUAACUGCGCAGAUUUGCACUUGAUAUGAGGGUGCCUGAAGGCAGUGAGUUUUCUAGUUGUAUGUAAUUAGACCUCCAAGGUCUAAGGUCUAAGGUCUCUAAAAAUCACAUUAUGCUUACUGAUUGAAAAUAAAAUCCAUUACCUUUCCCUCUCCUAUCUUCUGACAAAUUAGUAAAAUCUUAAUUUACAUAGUUCUAUUCCCUUAAUAGUCUGUGGUUCUUUUAGUUAAGUCUUAAUUUCUGACUGCGUCUCAGCCCGGAUAAACAAUUCCUUUCACUGUCUGCCAGGUCUUCAGUUACACUUGGUCUAACUGAAUUGUUCCUAUUUUUACAGAUUUGAUGCUUCAGAUAAGUUUUGUAUAUUCAUGGUGUACAGGGCAAUUUUUCAAACAUUGACUAAUAGUAUUGAGUGAAGAUGUGAAGUAUCAAAUAAAGAAACUUGGCCAA